AUGAGUGAACCGACUGUGUCGAAUGGUGCCAGCAGCCAAGCUUUACGAACUGUAGAGGAGGUAGAAAUUCCAGUUCCUUGGGGUGUUGUAGCAGGAAAAUGGUGGGGCUCCCGACUGCGGCAACCUGUAUUAGCUCUCCAUGGUUGGCAAGAUAAUGCUGGAUCGUUUGAUCGGCUUUGUCCUCUAUUGCCACACGAUAUUCCACUAUUGGCCAUAGAUCUACCAGGACACGGAAAAUCCACCCAUUAUCCGAUGGGAAUGCAUUACUUCAUCUUCUGGGACGGGAUCACGCUUAUUCGCCGUAUUGUGAAAUAUUAUGGAUGGACAAAAAUAACACUUCUGGGCCAUUCACUAGGAGGAGCACUUAGUUUUAUGUACGCUGCUAGUUUUCCUGAUGAUGUAGAUCGCUUUAUUAGUAUUGAUAUUGCGGGUCCAACCGUGCGUGAUCACCAUAAAACAGCAGCCACAACCGGUGAUUGCAUUGACAAAUUUUUGUAUUAUGAAACAUUACCAGAAUCAAAAAUGCCAUGUUACGAAUAUGACGAAAUGAUUGAUCUAGUUUUAGCGGCAUAUGACGGCUCAGUAGAUUAUGAUUCAGUCGAAGUACUGAUGCGACGAGGUAUGGCGUUAGCCCCAGCGCACUUUGACAAGAAUGGCUACCAUUUUGCUAGAGAUCUUCGUCUGAAAGUCGCGUUGUUAGGUAUGUUUUCAAUGGACCAGGUGAUGGCGUAUGCCGCACGAAUAAAAUGUAUGGUCUUAAAUAUUCGUGCAAAUCCUGGAAUGAAGUUUGAUAAUCCGGAAGUGUACGAAAAAGUGUUGGCAACACUUAAGCAAAACGCAUCCAAAGUGGUUUAUUAUGAAAUUCCAGGCUCACAUCAUAUUCAUCUUGUAACACCGGAUAGAGUUUCAAAACAAAUAAGCGACUUUUUGAUAGAACAAUGAAGACAUUUAGUUGUCUUCAAUGUUUUGUGCAUAACGAAUAUGAUUAGCUCGUCGUUGAUAUUGCAGAUCUCUCAGAAUCAAGAGAUGAUCGCACAGCACAAAUGAUUGAGCUGCUGCAAUAACGAAACCGUGUCGAAUAACUCGAAAUUUCGUUACAUUCCUAGAGAACAAAUUGAAUAUUAUUCAAACCAUGGAUGUGGAUGUGGGUAGAAGUAAAUAAACUUAAACUUUUUGUUAUUUCGCAUGUAAUAACGGCAUCUUCAGUUGGAAAUAUGCACGCAAGAGCUUCGUGUGAUUUUAAAAAUUUAAGUAAAUGUUUCUACGACGCACUGUUGAUAUAA